AUGGGGGUGCCCUUUACACCAAACAACGUAUACGACCUGGAGACGCGAUACAAGGAGUACUGGCAGGGCAUAGUUGAAGAAGGCUCGCCUCUUCAUUUCGGAAAGCACAAUGGUGACAUUGUCCAGGUCCAGCUGUCGGACUUGGAGCGCCCAGUGCAUGUGCUUUGCAGUGGCCCGCCAUGCCCGCCUUGGGCAGGAAAUGGCAACAAGAAAGGUGUGGAAGACUUCCGAGCAAAAGCUUUUCUGGCUAUUGUGAAUAUAGUGGCUUCGCUAGCCAAGUGUGGUGAGCUGCAAGCAGCGAUCUUGGAAAAUGUCCAAGGCAUUUUACACCGCCAAGGUGGCGAAGAAAGUUUCAUGUCAAAGCUUCUGCACAUUUUGCAAGAAGAAGUGCAGGAAUUUCUCUGGCAGGUGGACACCCUCAAGGCGGUGGACUACAAGCUAGCGCAGGACAGAACGCGUGUGUUCUUGCGUGGGAUCCGGAGCACGUUGUGCCCAAGCGGGGCGGUGCCACCUCCACUACCCCCAUUUGGCCACAGAGUGUUGACAGACUUUCUGGCGUCAAUGCCUUGUGUGGACCGUAAGAAGCUCACAAAGUGCAUGGCCCAAAACUUGAAAGACAGCCAAGAACAACUGCGGAAACUUUUGCAGGAAGGUCGCCUCGUAGAGACAGACGUUGUCUGCUUCCCACUGGACCGCGCAGAUGGCAAAACAUACAAGCGGCAUAUCAGCGUCAAUCGUACACCAACAUUGACCACCUCGAAUUCAUACCUGUUUGUGUCAGACAUGAAGGUGGGCCUCCCAGAUCAGCAACGGACACACUUCCGUUUCUUGCAUCCGCAUGAGCGGUUUGUUUUGCAAGGUUUCAACGUGGAAGUCGCCGAACAAUUCGCUUCCAGCCAAGCCUUACAAGUCAAGGCAGCAGGAAAUGCCUAUCCAGUGCCACUCAUUGGAGCAGCAAUGGCCCCAUUGCUGGCUGCCUUCGGUGAGCUGCCCCAGAAAGGAGAAAGGGAGCUGGAGUUCCCCACGCGUUUCCAUGAGCGUUUGGCUGACGCCAUGUACGGUGCUGGGAAGAAAAGCAAACCCAAGAAGGCAGGACAUAAGGUGCUCAAACGACCGGCUGCACACCAAUCAUCAGACAAACCUGCAGACGAAAAAUUGGACAAAACCCAUCCUGGGCCCCAUGACAAGGAGCAACAUGACGGUGAUGGGGCACAGCCUUUGGGUGAAGAACGUGCGGGGCCUUCCACCAAGAAGCGACCUGCCAGCACGGCAAGCAUCGGAAGGCCCUGUCAGAAACCAAGACUCCCUGCCGCAUGGCGCCUGCGUGGGCAAAGAUUGCAUGAGUUUAUUUCCUCUUCCACGCUGGUUCAAGCUGACCACGGGUUGCUGCGAGGCUUGCCCGCAGAAACAUUGAGAGCGAAGCUUUUGCUUGUGAUUGUAGGGACAAACCACAUGGCUGAAGCCCGCUUUGAUGGGAUGCUUGACUACUUCGCUGCUCUCCAAAAGAGCUGCGGGGGGUUCCUUGAAAAGGACGCCUUAGACCCCCUGUUGAAAAGCUGCAUGCUGGAUAUUGAACGCGCCCCGCCCAUAACCAUAGAAGCAGGGGCCAGCAUGCUUAGAAAGCUUGAGAAAGCUACCGUGCCCCAGGCAUGGCGUGAAGCUUUAGUGAAACUGGUGCAAGCCAAGGUUCAGACAGGCGCAGAGAACAGCUGCAACGAAGGGAAUAAGAAGAACAAGGAAAAACCAAGGCAGACAUGUCUGCACUUGGACAACUAUUUCUUGAAGAAGGACUGGGAAAAACUGGCUUCGGAUGGGUUGACUGACAAGGUCAACUUGGCAGCGCAAAGAAUGGCAGCCCUGGGUUUGCUGAACCCAACAGAGCCGACUGUGGUGCAUGCAGUCGCAAUUCUGUAUUUGACGUCGCACAAAGGGACCCUGGAAGAACUUAACAUCACCGGCGUCCAUGCUUUGAAUACGGUGCGGGAUUUGAAAUCUGUGCUCAGAGGAUUGAAAGGCUUUACGCACAUCAAGGACAAGCGCACCAUUUGCGCAGCCGGCCAAGAACCUUGGCGCAAGGAGGACAAGUGGGUGGAGAAGCGCGUUGGGCUUCACAACAUUCGCUUGGAAGUCGGCCGGGGCCAUGAGGUGCCAACCCCGUUGCAGGACCUGGAGGUGGAGGAAGAGGAAGAGCAGCCCGCCAAGUUUGCGCACAAGACCAGAGAAGCGCUGGGGCGUGGCAGCGUGGCUUUAUGGGGCAACGUGAAGAACCAUCGCCGCAAACCGCGGCUCCACAUCCCAGCGCUCGGCGCCACUGUCACUGCCUUGUCCGAUUACACGGGCCGGCUGGGAGACUGCCAAUGCUACAUCAUUAGCAACGGUGAGAACCUCAUUGGCGACGUCGUGGUUUGGCGCUGCCCUUGCCAAUGUCCCUGGGACAUGGAGCUCUGGGAAGCCCUCCCCUGGCCCGCGGACCUUGAAGGACUAGCGCCCCUGGAUGCCGUUCUGGUUUCGCGUGAGGGCUAUGGCAACUCCCGGAUGGCUGGUGGCGAUUAUGACGGUGACUUGGACAUGUUCUCCUUCCAUGAAGAUUUUGUUGAGAUUGUCCGGCGCACAGAGACCGCCGUCAGACAGGUGCCGGUGGACCAGGUGGACGGCAAGGUCAAAAGCAGACUGGCAGAAUUGGAGGCGGAGGAAGCGAAGAAGGAACAUGAAUUGCAGCUACUUGGUGUGACCAGUAAGAGAGCCGAGCUCCAAGCUCUCUUUGAUGGUGGACAACGAGCUGCGGCUUACCUUCAAUACAGCCUGUGGCUACCCACGCCAAGGCUACGGGGCUGGGCUUGCGCUCGCGCUGAGCGAGUCGCUUCUUUGGCACUGAAGAAGCCAUCCCCUGGCGCCUGGGACCGCUUUUUCAAGGCAUCCCUCACGGCACACAAGGCAAUGGAUGUGCCGAAGCAUUACCGUGCCACUUGCCUGGUCCAGGCCAUGAAGGAGGUUGCUGAAGAAGCCGGCAUCACACGCAAGGUCCCCAGAAGCACAAAGCUGGCUUGCGACGGCGCCAAAGGCCUUAGGCUGCAAAUGCCACAGCUCCGCCGCCACAACACCUUUGAGGCGGUUGCUAAGUGGCUGGACAACUUGCAGCUGGGGCCAUAUGGAGCUGUCUGGCUACCGGAGAAGGAGAUUGUCUUGGGGGAGGAUGCUGCGAGGCAGGUUCUGGACAUCCUGCACACCCGGCCGGUCAACUUGAACUUCUUCGACCGGUCUCCUGUCAGACAGCCCAUCAAGGAGAUCGCAUAUUUCCUCGCUCACAAAUUGUCCAGAACCAUUGGGGGCCCCAAGAAAUAUCCAGAAGCAGGCGGCGUCGCCAUUGCAAAGGCCUUUGCGCACAGUCGGAUGACACCUGUCAACACCACCGGGGCCCUCUACCGCAACACUGAUUUGCUUUGA